UUGGCUGGUUUGGUUCAAGUGAAUGGAUUCGGUCAUUUCUCGUGACUGGUGGUGAAGUGGAAAUGGUGUGCCGGCUGGACUGGAAUUGAACUAGACGGGUUGGGUGCAAUAAUAAUAAUAAUACUAGAAAAACAGCUUCAAGCUGAAAGAUUACAGGUAAAACCUGCGCACUGGUUUCCACUGAAUUCAGCACAGAAGCGACAGAAAGCGAGUGAAGAUGGGGGAAGAGAGUGAGAGUCAGAACAUGAAGGAUGAAAAUACAUUCACAUCGGAGGAGAGCGGUGUACAAUACUACACACGCGAGGAGAUUCAAGCCCAUAACAUGAUCAAAGACACGUGGCUCAUCAUCCACGAUAAAGUUUACGAUAUCACAAGUUUCAUGGAGGAGCAUCCAGGAGGUGAAGAGGUUCUGCUGGAGCAAGCAGGUGCAGAUGCGACAGAAAGCUUUGAGGAUGUGGGUCAUUCCACAGAUGCCAGAGAGAUGCUCCAGCAAUAUUACAUCGGGGAACUCCAUAUGGAUGAUCGAAAGAAAGAAUCAAAAAAGGAAGUUUACAUCACAACUUCCAAGGAGUCCAGGUCAUUGACCACCUGGUUAAUUCCUGCCAUAGCUGCUGUACUUGUGGGCAUCAUGUACCGUUACUACAUGUUGGAACACAAAUCGUCCUGAACUUUGUCACCGCUAUAUUUCUCUUGUCUGGAGGCCUUGACUUGUUGAGUGAGUCUAUAAGAUCACUCUCAUCCUUUCUUCUUUAGUUUCUACUCCACUGACUGGAAAUGGUCCUUAGUGCAUUGGCUCAUUAUGACUGGUUUUCCUACCAGCCUUCACUUCAGAAUCCACAAUAAUGCAGCUGUAUUCUAUCUCUGAUCUUGGUCACUUUUCUGUCUAUUUUGUCUUUUUAAAUGUACUUGGGAAUGAUUUCAACUCCUUUAAAUUAAUCUAGAGUGUAGUUGGAAAGAUCAGGUAUGGUCCAGAUUUUGCUGACGGAUCCUAAUUUUGACAAAUCACAUGUCCACAGCCUUCACAUAGCUGCUAAUUGAUGUUUGUCAGUGAAUUGCCUUAGGUUUAUUACCUGAGGAUUUUGACCAAAUGAUUCAUGUGGAGUUGAAAAUUGCAUCUCCAAGAGAAGAGCAUGGAGUCGUGCUACUAAAAAGAAAUUUCUAUUUUAAGUACAACAUGCUUUAAAGGGGUAGUUCGGGAAAAAAAUUGAAAUUCAGUUAUCAUUCGGCUACUUGAUCCAAACCAGUAUGACUUUAUUUCUUCUGCGAAAAACACAAAAGAAGAUAUUUUGAAGAAUGUUUGUAUUUUAUGAGGGGAAAAAACCCACAUUUCUUAAAAUAUCUUGUUGUAUGUACAGGUUUGGAACGACAUGAUAGUGAAUUUUCAUUUUUUAGGAGAACUAUCCUUUUAAGGAAAACUAGAAAAUAUUGUCAUUGUUUCAUAUAUUGUCAUAACACUUUUGCAUGAAUGUUGUCAUUCAACAUCAGACAAUGUGCAAUUGCUGAAGUGUAAGAAAUGUAGCAUAGAGUUACAGUCAUGCAUUACUUUGACGUUAUAUAUGUAUGCUUUUUUCUUACAAUGAAGAUUUCUAGUGUGGUACCUGUAUCUGCAAACUUGAAAUUGACUCCAUUACUCUGCUCUGUCUAUUUGUAAUGAUGCAUUUGAGAGAUGUUUAAAUGUGUGUUUUUUUUUUUUAAACGAUCUGUUUCAAUGUUGGUAAGAGGAUUUCUUUGGGAAGUGUUUGAACUGUUGUACAGCUUGUAGAGUACCUGUUCAUAUAGUCAUUGCUCUUAUAUGCUUCUCUGAUGAACUGUUCUCAGCAUUGCUUGCAUGUUUUUUCUAGCUCGACUGGCUUUAGCUUAAAGGGCAGGUAAUGAAAAAUUAUAUGCAAGUGUUUACCGUUCAACUUCAAAAGUAGAAGUAAACCAAAAUGUCUACUUUUGUUUGCUUCUGUUGUGAACUUUUGUUAUUAAAUCUUGCAUUGUAUUUCCUUCUCAAACAAUAGUGGAUUUAAUUCAAGUAGCUUUUAAUGAAAUGCAUUGAGUGAGUCAUUCUAUAUAUAUAUAUAUAUAUAUAUAUAUAUAUAUAAUAUAAUUUUUUUUUUUUUUUUCAAUUAUUCUCAAUAUCAUAUAUAUUCUCUUAUAUAUAUUUCUAGCCCAAAUUUCUAUGUUUUCUUCAGUCAUAUUUGCCUUUUUAAAGUCAUUCCUGCCCCAAGAAAUGUGCAAAUUAAUUAUUUUCCUGCCGGGCUGAGUAAAUGUGUUCAGCUUUGUCUAAAAAUUGAUGUUAAGAUAUUCACAUUUGUGUGCAUUUUAUAUGCGUAGAUGUUGACAACAUUGUAAAGUUUUCAUAGGAUCACAUGUUAAUGUCAUAAUUUAAUUAUAGUCAUGGAAAAAAAAAAAAUAGUCCUGAAUUGAGGACAGGUGUGUUAGACUCUAGGUCACUAUCUGCUGUUUUAGUUCAACAACAAGAAGAAUCACAGCUCAAGGCCUUUAAUAUUGCUGAGAUAAAUGUGAUAUAUUUAAUAAAAAUUAUAAUUUAUCUGUCUGAUUAGGAAUAUCUAUGGUACGUCAGUAUGAAUACAACUGAUGCAUUGAAUCAAUGUGUGUUUAUAAAAAUUUCAGCUACGUUUCAAUAAAUGGUUAAGGAUGCAAGUA